AAUUGUAUUCGAUAGUAUACCAAAGCACCAUCUGACGGAGAAAGAUAUUAACAGUACUAUCCAAAAUGGCGCUCAAGGGACAGGUUGGUCAAAAAAUUAUGAACGAGGUGAUCAAGCAGAAAAAGAAAGCAGCAGGAGGAGUAGAAUGGAGGAUCCUUGUCGUGGAUCAGUUGGCGAUGAGAAUGGUCUCGGCAUGUUGUAAGAUGCAUGAUAUCAGUGCCCAAGGGAUUACCCUGGUCGAAGAUAUCAACAAGAAACGUGAACCUUUGCCAACGAUGGAGGCUAUUUAUUUGAUAACACCGUGCAAUUCAUCCGUGCAGAAAUUGAUUGAAGAUUUCAACAACCCGACUAGAACGACCUACAAAGUCGCUCACGUUUAUUUUACCGAAGCAUGCCCCGACGAGUUGUUCAAAGAAUUGUGUCAUUCUCUGGUAGCUAAGCACAUAAAGACACUUAAAGAGAUCAACAUCGCUUUCAUACCGUACGAGGAGCAGGUAUUCUCUUUGGACUCACGUGAAACCUUUGCCUGUUUCUACAAUCCAUCCUUCUUAAAUUUGAGAACUGCCAAUAUGGAAAGAAUUGCAGAACAAAUUGCCACUCUUUGUGCAACGCUUGGUGAAUAUCCGUCCGUUAGAUAUCGAAGUGACUUUGAUCGGAACGUUGAAUUGGCACAAAUGGUUCAACAAAAAUUAGACGCUUAUAAAGCGGAUGAACCCACUAUGGGAGAAGGACCAGAAAAGGCUCGCUCACAAUUACUUAUCCUAGAUAGAGGUUUUGACUGUGUUUCUCCCUUGUUACAUGAAUUAACACUACAGGCUAUGGCAUACGAUUUGUUGGAUAUUGACAAUGAUGUUUACAGAUUUGAAGCAUCUGCUGGCGUAGAAAAAGAAGUUCUUUUAGAUGAGAAUGAUGAUUUAUGGGUUGAAUUAAGGCAUCAACACAUUGCUGUAGUCUCUCAAAACGUUACCAAAAAUUUGAAGAAAUUCACCGAAUCUAAGAGAAUGCCACAGGGUGAUAAACAAAGUAUGCGAGAUCUUUCACAAAUGAUUAAAAAGAUGCCACAGUAUCAAAAAGAAUUAAGUAAAUAUGCUACGCAUCUUCAAUUAGCAGAAGAUUGUAUGAAGCGUUACCAAGGAAAUGUGGAUAAACUUUGUAAAGUGGAACAAGAUUUAGCUAUGGGUACGGAUGCUGAAGGUGAACGUAUAAAAGAUCACAUGAGAAAUAUAACUCCAAUUUUGCUAGAUCAAAAUGUAGAUCAUUUAGACAAAUUACGUAUCAUUGCAUUGUAUGUCAUUAGUAAAAAUGGUAUAAACGAAGAAAAUCUUAAUCGUCUAGUUAAUCAUGCUCAAAUAUCUGCAGAUGAUAAACAAACUAUCGUUAACAUAGCGAAUCUUGGCAUUAACGUGGUAGUGGAUGGUAAUCGCAAAAAAUUAUACACAGUUCAACGAAAAGAAAGGAUCACAGAACAAACAUAUCAAAUGAGUCGAUGGACACCAGUAAUAAAAGAUAUUAUGGAAGACUCUAUAGAAGACAAAUUAGAAUCUAAACAUUUCCCUUUCUUAGCUGGACGUGCAGCUAGUUCGGGAUAUCAUGCACCUGCCAGUGUUAGAUAUGGUCACUGGCAUAAAGACAAAGGACAACAAACCAUCAAGAAUGUCCCACGUUUAAUCGUAUUCAUUGUUGGUGGUGUUUGUUUUUCGGAAAUACGAUGCGCUUAUGAAGUAACAAAUGCUUUGAAAAAUUGGGAAGUUAUUAUCGGUUCAUCGCACAUAAUUACGCCGAAAUCAUUUCUAAACGACCUGAGUAAACUUCACGUCUAAACAAUUCCAUAAACGAUAAUGCAAAACACUUUCUGCAUUCCUGACCCGUCGUCACUGUCUAUUUUGACUCUUCAUCAGUACUACCAAACAUGAAUCUGUAACUUGUGAUCUCUUUGAGGACAAAUUAUUAAUUAAAAAAGAAUGAAAGAAAGAAGAAAAAAAAAAUAGAGAAAAAAAAAACAAAGCAAAAAAA